CGUCAUAAUUUACCUGAAACGUAAUAAAGCCCAUUUUUUUUUAAAACAUAGUCGUUGACAUUCAGAGAGCUGACAUUCUGAGCCUCAGAUUGUUAGAGUAACUUAUCUCUGUCAGACUUCUAUACACCCUCUUUGAUACAAUCUUACCCAAAUGCAUGAUGGGGGUCUGCCACAACUUCUGGACCCAGCGCCCCCCACCUGACGCCCAUGAUGCCCAGCCCCUCAUCUCUAAACAAUGCAGUACUGAUGAUGGCCAGAAGGGGGCGGACAAAACACAGCUCAAAAAGAGACGCUGGUGUCGCAACAGCUGCCUUUGCCUGUUUCUGUUCCUGGUCGUGAUGAUGAUUGUGGUCAUCCUGGAAGUUGACCUCAAAGAACGGAUCUCACCUUCAACAACCAAGCCAGCAGCAAACAUGUCAGUUGCGAUUCUGGCCGCUCCUCCCCCGUACGUGUCCCGAGGACCGUACCAUGUACAAUACCCACAUGAGUACUCCUUCAUCCUGGAUGAGCCAGAGAAAUGCCGGGAGCAGAACCCCUUCCUGGUUCUGAUGGUGCCAGUGGCGCCCUAUAACAGGGAGGCCCGUGAGGCCGUCCGCAGGACUUGGGGCAGUGAGAGGCAGGUACUGGGCAGAGAGGUCCGUCUGUUCUUCCUGCUGGGACUGCCCAGUGGAGAGGAGACAGAGCAGCUCCAGGAGAAGGUGCUGCAGGAGAGCAAAGAGCACCAGGAUCUGCUGCAGAGCGACUUCAUAGACAGCUACAAAAACCUGACCAUCAAGACCAUGGUGAUGAUGGAGUGGCUGAGCUCUCGCUGCCCCAACGCCUCCUACGCCAUGAAGAUCGACUCAGACAUGUUCCUCAACGUGAACACCUUGGUCAACAUGCUGCUUCACGCUCCAACGCAGAACUACCAGACUGGACUAGUGGCUCAAUGGGCCGCUGUUCUAAGAGACCAUAACUCCAAAUGGUACCUUCCAAAGGAGGUGUUUCCUGAACCGGUAUACCCACCUUAUGCUCUGGGCUUGGGCUAUGUCUUCACCUUAGACCUCCCCAGGAAGCUGGUGGAGGCGUCCAGGCAUGUUAAAGCCGUCUACAUAGAGGAUGUGUAUCUGGGACUGUGUAUGAGACACCUGGGCAUCCGGCCUACUGACCCCCCCAGUGGAAACCUCUUCCAGGUUUUCCCUGUGGCUUAUGACCGCUGCACCUACUCACGGCUGAUAGCCACCACCACACACAGUAUCACUCACCAGGUCAACGCAUGGACAGACCUACACAAACCUGGUCCUCCCUGCUGAUCUCAUACA